AUGGAGCGCGGGACCGGGCCCCCGGGGCCCAGGCCUGGCCGGAGGAUCGUCCCACAGGCCAUCGACGGCCCUGCAGCGGUCCAGCCUGGAGAAAAUCUGCACCUGGGGAGCACGCCGGGCGGCCCAGCCCUGGCUAGCGAUCGCCCCAGCGAUGCCAGCGGCGGGGCAGGCGCCAGGCCGACUGCAGCCGCGGCCACGGGUCACUGGGUCGACCUGUCGAAGGAUUCGGUGGUGGAUUGGGCCAAGUUGAGCGGCGCCAACGGCAGGGCGCGGGACAAGGCGCCCAAGGGCGUGGCGGGAAGCGGGCUGGACGCCCAGCUGAAGCGCGUCUCGCCGCUGGACAGGAUCCGCAUGCUGCUGGAGAGGGCCUACACGGAGGCGGAGGACGGUGCGGACAGCGGCAACAACAGCGAGGGCCUUAUACAGGAGGAGGGCGGCGGGCGGUGGACGGAGGAGGCGGACGUGGAUGAUGAGGAGGGUGGAUCGGAUGAUGAGGACACAGCACCCGAAGCCGAUGACGAGGAGGAUGAAAAACGGCCAGGGAGGGCGAAAGGAGGGAAUUAUGACCUUGACGAUGAAUGGAUAGACGAUUCGGACCUGGUGGAACUUUAUGAGGCCAGGGGCCACAAGCUGAAGUACAGCGGCUUCUACGUGCAUAGGGGACCAUUGAACAUGUACACCAUGGACACAGCCGAGCGGCCAGCAAAGAAGCGGCGGGCCUCAGACAGUGCGCUAGUACAGAAAGGAAGGCCCAGUGGGGCUGCAAAGCCCAAGGGCACAUGGAAGGUGGCAACGGCCCUCACAAACCAAGCAAAGAGGCACAAAGCAGCGACAAAGCAGCCCAAGGCCAGGGCCAGUUCUGAGGCAGAGAAGCAAGGCAAGCAAGGUGGCAAGAUGCCACCCCCACCCGCAAGGAAGAGGAAACAGUCGCCCACCUUGCAGGCGGGUGGCAAGAAGACCCACAGCACAAAACCAGAAAGUCAGCCCAGCACUUCAAAUCAACCCAACGAGCCCUCCAGAUGCGAGCCAAGCAGCAAACCGCAGCCUGUGCCGAUCGUUGGCUCGAUUGCUGCAAUGGCCGUUGCUGCAGGUGCUUGUGCCAGUGCCAGGAGCAUCAAGCCAAAGCCAGUUGGUCCCAGAGCUCUGCAGCAUGCUCAACAGCAAUCUGCCAGGCAUUCCAUCCAAGCGAUCGCAACAGAUCAGGGCAGCAGGGGGAGGCACAGGAGGAACGCAGGGGUGACUGAACACAUUAUUUUCCAGUUGCUUUGCAAGAUAUCUCGGCAGGUCUGA